GGUGGAGGACCUCCUGUGCCGGGACUCACCAUGGAUGGCUUCCCCAUUCAGGGCCUGUUGGCCCUUUCUGUCCUGUUGGGGCCGCUGUUCCGGUUGAUGUUCCCUUUGGGGUUCGGACGGGUAGGUACGUCCCGCAUGUUUAUGCGGUCACGGACAGUGAAUCCUGGCCCCACACCUGCGGAACAAGCAGAGAUUGACCGUAGGUUGGCAGAAAAGAAAAAAGAAAAGGAAGCUAAGAAAAACCAGAAAGAAGAGGAAACCAAAAGGAAGAUGAAAGAGAAGAUCGAUAAAGAAUUAGAAGAAGAGUUGAAGAGUAUACGAGAAGAAGAAGAAGAAGAAGAAGAAGAAGAAGAAGAAGAACAUGAAGAAGCAGAAACUUUGGAAAGACGCCGUCUCGUGGACCUCCCUGACAGCAGCAGUACAACCAGACUUCCAGUUGAACCGCUGGAUUGGGCUGGUCAGUACUAUUACUCCAGCGAACCGCUAAAAGAGUCUAAAGAAGAACGCGACGUGUUCAUCGCAAAAUUGGCCACUGUGACAGACGCCGUCGAACGCAAUCUGAUGUUGGAAGAAAAAAUGGCGGAGUUGAAGAGUAAGUUGUUAGCAGCCAGACGCCAAGAAGUAAAAGAAAAAAAGAGGCUGCAGGCAGAAGGGGAAAAAUUGCAGAAGGCCUUAGAAGCACAAAAAGAAAAACCCUCUGCGACAGAAGAACAACUUGCUCUACUCAAAGAGACCGUCCUCAAUACAAGGCAGGACAUGAACUUAAUGCGGCAGACCUUGCAAAGGGUAGAAACACAUCGGGUUGAGUUCGAAAUUGUCUGGAACAACUUCCUAGAGAAGUCAGCUAAGGACGUCAACCAGCAUGUGCAAACAUACAUUCGGACCUCGGACGAACAUGUCACUAAGACCUUCACUCCGGAGGUUUUAGAGAAAAUUGUUAAGGGAGGUGGAGGUGGAGGAGGAGAUGGUGAUGACGAUGGCGAUGAUGAUAAGAAGGGGAAAAGAAGGGGGGAACCAAAGGAGAAACUUCCAUUGGAGACCGGGCAGGUUAGUAAAAUAAAACUUAAACUGCCGUGGACCUAUAAUGGAAAGAAGGAAGAAAGUGUUCUGCAUUGGGCAGCAGCGAUAAAAACUUAUGUAUAUGGACAACGAAUCCCAUAUUGGGACAGGGUGUUAAUGGCAACUUCAUGCAUGGGAGGUGACGCCAUGAGCUUCGCCAUCUCGCUGCAAAAAGAGGCGGGAUGCAGCUCGAUGGUAGAGUUUUCACAACAAACACGAAUUGAAGAUUUCCUGAAAGCAAUUAGAGAGAGAUUUGAGGACAAGAAUUUAGCACGUCACACAGAGAUGCUAAUCCUCAACCUAACUGACAGAAAAUGGAAGAGCACCUCUGCCCUGAAAGCAACUACAGACGAGUUGUUGCAAUGCCCUGAUCAUGGAUUGACUCCUGCCCAGAUCUUAAAUAGCUUUGCACGAGCACUCCCGGACCCCCUAAGAACACAACUCUAUCCCCGCGUCAAAGAAGAAGGGAUGACGUAUGAGAAGUUCGGCAAGAUCGCCAUAGAUCACGCCGGCUUCCUCGCCGAAGCAAACUAUUGCCAUUAUUGGAAGGAUCUGCAAGUGGGAAAGAAAUGGCAAAACCGCACUAUCUCAGGGUCUAUAUUUGGUAAAGAUAGUCUCCUUAUAACCUUUGAGGAGGGAGGCGCCGAGACUAUUUAUUGGGAUCAAGUAGAUUAUGGUCUCGAUGAACGCAGUGGACCGGUAACUCAGGAGGGGAGUUACGCGGCCGUUGUAGCCUGCGGGGGAGGGCGUCAAGGAAGAGGGCGUAGCCGAGGAAGAGGUCGUGGCCGUGGUGGACGAGGAUUCGGCACCCAGAGGGGGGGUGGUGAAGGAAGCCACUACGUGGGAGGAAGGGGAAAUGGUCCCUCACAAGGUGGUCGUGGUUCUUACUCCACCUGGGGAAGAGGAAGAGGCACAUGGUAUAACAAGUGGGACAAACCAUACCCACCACAUCCAGGUCUACCCGAAGGAGAGCCUUGGAAGGAAUUAGGAAUAACAUAAAAAGUCUGGUAAGAAAGAAAGAAAGCAGACCAAUGCCUCAAGUGUGGGGACCCCGACCACAUUGUCC